AUGAUAACGAUCAAAAAUACCAGAAAAAAUUCUUUGAUUCAUUCACCUGGUGGAGAAGCUCUUCGACUUCUCGUUAAUGGUUCCAGUGAUGCCGAUGUUAAUAAUACCGUUGCCCAGGCUACUUUUAAUGAAAAAAAGUGGAUCUGGGUCGAGGAUAAAAAAGCGGGUUAUGUCGCAGGUUACAUAACUAAGGAUAUGGGAGAACAAGUGGAAGUCCACUUGAAUGAUGAUUCGAUACGAAUAGUUAAUGUUAGUGAAACUGAUAAAAUGAAUCCACCUAAAUUUGAUAAGGUGGAAGAUAUGGCUGAUCUAACAUAUCUAAAUGAGGCUUCGUCUCGUGUAACUUAUCAAACACCAGAAGAACGUAAUUUUCACAUCUUUUAUCAACUGUUAAGAGGUGCUUCACCUCAAAUAAAAAGUGAAUUGCUUCUGGAUGGAUCUUUAAAUGAUUAUAGAUUCACUAAAAAUUCAUUAAAAGACAUUGAAGGUAUCGAUGAUUCUACAGAAUACCAGACUCUUGUCGAUGCUAUGAAUGUGGUUGGUAUUUCAGAAAAUGAACAAAUUGAUCUAUUUCGUGUGGUUGCUGCGGUUUUGCAUCUUGGAAAUAUCGAAGUAGCUUCAAGUAGAAACGAUCAAGCUCAAAUUUAUGAAUCUACUAUUUCUGAAAAUGUUUGUAAUUUAUUGGGUAUACCUAUUACGGAAUUUACAAAAGGCCUUCUUAAUCCUCAAGUCAAAGCUGGUAGAGAAUGGGUUACUCAAGCAAGAACCAAGGAACAAGUUCUUUAUUCUAUUGAAGCUCUUGCAAAAUCAUUAUAUGAACGAAGUUUUUUUGCUUUAGUUGAUCGAAUAAAUAAAGCUAUAUACAGACCUAAUAAUAAAUCCCAUUUCAUUGGUGUUUUGGAUAUUGCUGGAUUUGAAAUUUUCCAAUGUGUAAUGCCUAAAGCUACUGAUAAAACUUUCGUCGAGAAAUUACAUAGUCUUUGGAAAGAUAAAUCUCCAAAAUAUCAAGUUCCUCGUUUUCAACAAGGUUUCAUUCUACAACAUUAUGCCGCCAAAGUAGAAUACAGAACUUCUGGAUGGCUUGAUAAAAAUAAAGAUCCUCUUAAUGAAAAUAUUACAAAAUUAUUGGCUCGAUCUUCUAAUCAAUAUAUCGCUUCCCUUUUUUCCGAUUAUCUUGGUGAUAUAACUGAUAAUGAUAAAAAGAAUAGAGUUAAACGUGGUGUUUUCAGAACUGUUGGUCGUCAUCAUAAAGAACAAUUACAUUCUUUAAUGAAACAACUUUAUUCAACUCAUCCUCAUUUUGUACGUUGUAUUGUUCCUAAUGAAGAAAAGUCUCCCGGAAAAAUUCAUGUUCCUUUGGUUCUGGAUCAAUUACGUUGUAAUGGUGUUCUAGAAGGAAUUCGUAUUUGUCGUGCUGGUUUCCCAAAUCGUUUAUCCUUUAAUGAAUUUCGUCGUAGAUAUGAAAUCUUAUCUUCCGGAAUUAUUCCUAAAGGUUUCAUCGAUAAUAAACUUGCCGCUGAAAAACUUUUGGAUGCUUUUAAAUUGGAUCCUUCUCAAUAUCGUUUAGGUUCAAGUAAAAUUUUCUUUCGUGCUGGUGUGUUAGCAGAAUUAGAAGAAAUUCGAGAUACCAAACUUUUUCAAUUAUUCGCCGAUUUUCAAGCUCACUGUAGAGGUUGGCUUGCUCGAAAAGAUCAUGCAAAACGUAACGAAAGACUUCGUGCUGCUCUUAUUAUUCAAAAAAAUAUUAGAGCACUUAAUUCAUUAAAAGCAAACCCUUGGUGGAAACUUUUUUUAAAGAUCAGACCAACCUUAAAUUGUACUAAAGUUGAAGAAUUACAACGACAAAUUCGAUUUAGAGAUGAUAAAAUACGUGAAUUAGAAGAAAAAUUACUUCAAGAAUCUGAAGCUAGGAAAAAAUUGGAAUCUUUAAAUUCUCAACUUGAAACUGAAAAAUCCAAUCUUGAAGAAGAAUUACAAAAUGAACGUUCCUUAGUCAUUGAUAAAGAAGAAAUUUUAAAACAAACACGUCAAAGAGAGUUAGAUCUUGAAGAUGAAGUUAAAGAAUUAAAUAAUGAACUUGAAGAAAUUGUUGGAAAAUGUGAACAACUUUCACAAACAAAGAAAAUUUUGGAAAAUAAAAUGCAAGAUCGUGGUCUUUUGGAUGUACAAGCUCAAUUAUUAGCUCAACAAGAAGUUAAAAAUAAUCAAAAGGAAAUUAUUCAACUUGAACAUUCUAAUGUUAGUUUUGUCAACCAAAUUCAUAUAUUACUUAAUCAAAUUCAUAUAUUAAUCAAUCAAGUUCAUAUAUUACUCAAUCAAAUUCGUAUAUAUAUCUAA